AUGGAUUUUCGUAGCAAAAAGUUUCUUACUGAUCAUAUUCAAGAUACCUUAUUGUUUUACAAAAAUUCUGUUGAUGAAAAUGGUGGGGGAUUUUAUCAAUUUUAUAAAGAUGAUGGUACCGUGUAUGAUAAACAUACACGACAUUUAGUAUCAUCAACAAGAUUCGUUUACAAUUAUGCAAUGGCCUAUUUACAAUUUAAAAAACCCGAUUAUUUACAACGAGUAAAGCAUGGUCUAGAUUAUAUACGCAAUGUUCAUAGAAAUCCUAAAACAGGUGGAUAUGCGUGGGUUAUUAAUGAUGGAAAAAUUGUUGACGAUACAAAUCACUGCUACGGUUUUGCAUUUGUCGUAUUGGCAUACGCGUGUGGUGUAAAAGUUGGAAUUGAAGAAGCACGUCAAUGGAUAGCUGAAACGUUUGACACAAUGGAAAAACACUUUUGGUUGCCAGAUUUUGGUUUGUAUGCCAGUGAAGCAAGUGUUGACUGGAAAGUAGCAAACUAUCGAGGCCAAAAUGAUAAUAUGCAUUCAUGUGAAGCUAUGAUAGCCGCUUAUGAAGCGACUAAAGAACAACGUUAUCUCGAUCGAGCAAAUAUUUUAGCAGAUAAUAUGGUCAAUCGUCAAGCAAAACAUUCAAAUGGUCAAGUUUGGGAACAUUUCAAAGACGACUGGUCACCAGACUUAGAAUAUAAUAAAAAUGUACGAACAAAUAUCUUUCGGCCAUGGGGUAUUCAAACGGGACACCAGACGGAGUGGGCAAAAUUAUUAUUGAUACUCGAUCGAUAUACACCAUUAGACUGGCAUUUAUCAAGAGCAAAAGAUUUGUUUGAUCGUGCAAUGAAAUAUGGAUGGGAUAAAAAUAAUGAUGGUUUAAUGUACGGUUACGAUUUGGAUGGGAAUCCUUAUGAUGAGGACAAGUACUUUUGGGUACAAGCCGAAAGUUUAGCUGCUGCUGCUUUGUUAGCAGAUCGUACUAAUGACGAGCAUUAUUGGCAAUGGUAUGAUAAAAUCUGGAAAUAUAGUUGGAACUAUUUUAUUGAUCAUGAAUAUGGGGCUUGGUAUAGAAUAUUGACACCAGAUAAUAAAAAAAUUAGUGAUGAAAAAUCACCAGCUGGAAAAACGGAUUAUCAUACAAUGGGUGUUUGUUAUGAAGUUUUAAACGUGAUUAAAAGCUGA